UGUUGAGCCGCGCCGAGAACGUUGGGGGCGGACGCGGCGCUGUCGCGAUUGUGAUUGGCCGAUUGCCCUAGACAGUGAGGCGGGGCUCCGAAUUGUUACCUUGAGGUCAUACUGGAACGCCGCGCGCCGUUUCAGGGAUACAAACAAAACAGUGUACGUUUUUACACCACGCUGCGUUAUAAUAUCGUCCAUGGAAGGUUUAAACCAAGUAUUAUCAGAGUAUCCGCAACUCGGCAUUGCUGGGGGAGUUGGAGCCACGAUAUGCGCUGCUGGAGCACUCAUUUACAAAAUUGCAACGAGGAAGAAGCCCACUCACGUCGAGGUUAAUUGCUGGUUCUGUGACCAGGAUACGGUGGUGCCGUACGGAAACAGAAACUGCUGGGACUGUCCCAACUGUGACCAGUACAACGGCUUUCAAGAGAAUGGGCACUACAACAAGCCAAUCCCUGCUCAGCACUUGGAGCAUCUGAACCACGGGGUGUCUGCCGGACUCGCUGUGCCAGAGACGCCCAAAGUUCUGCAGUGGGUUAAUUGCCAGAUGCUGCUGUGCAAGAAAUGCAAUAAUAACCAGACACUGAAGAUUAAACAGCUGGCUUCAUUUGUACCUAGGGAAGAGGAGAAAUACGAUGAAGAGAUUGAGGUUUACAAACAUCACCUGGAGCAGACCUACAAGCUGUGCCGUCCUUGCCAGACGGCUGUGGAGUAUUACAUCAAGCAUCAGAACCGGCAGCUCCGAGCCGUGCUCUUCAAUCACCAGCUAAGACGCAGCAGGGAGGCGGACAAGGCAUACGUGCAGAAUUCUUACACCCCCAACUUUUCAACUCCUGCCCGGGUGAUAUUUUUACGCAUCUUGGCUUUCCUUAGUUGCGUUUUCUUGGUGGUCUUGGCAGUAUACGGUUCUGAAGACCCCUUUACCCCGGCCAGCUCCCUGCAUUCUCCUCCCGCCCAGCCAAUGCUGAAUCACUCCAACGCGUCGGGGUCCUCGGAUGGGAAUGCCGCCGGUGGUCAGGGGGCUCCGGUCUGGCAGGAGCUGUUCAGUCUGGUUCCCCAAGAGGCUGUGGAGAACCUGAAAGUGGCAUGGGACUAUGGGAAGAGCCAUCAGAUGGCUGUGGUCUCUCUGGGCUUGUUCACGUGCUUAAUGGCUGUUUUUCUGGCCGGACGCAUCAGGCUCAGGCGUAUUGAUGCUGUGGCUUCUGUGCUGUGGCUCGCUGUGCUGGGUUUGCACCUGGUGGAGAACUACCUGAAGACGGACGUCCCCAGCUGGCUGGACGCCGCGAAAUUCAGCACCACCUCUCUGUGUUGCCUGGUAGGGUUCACUGCUGCCGUGGCAACCCGGAAAUCCUCAGGCCAGCGAAGAUACCGUGCACGAAGGUAUCUGUCUGGAGAUUCUGCGACAUCGUUCUACAGCGGUGACCCCGGGGUCCUGUCUCCAGCUCUGUCUGCUUCCUCCGUCUUCAUCCCCACACCGCCCCCCAUCCUCUCCCACCUGGUCAACCACCAGCUCUGCCACCGAGUGCGGAAGGCCUCCCCGUCCUCCCUGCCGGGCCGUCUGAACCGGGCACUGUCCCUGGGAACCAUCCCAUCCAUCACUAGAGCAGAUUCUGGCUAUUUAUUCAGCGGCAGUCGCCCCUCUUCACAGAUCUCUAACUGCAAGGACUCGCCUCCUUCAGAUUAUUUUUCCCUUAAAUCUGGAAGCCGCCCGUCCUCCCCUGGUCCCUCCCCAACGCCCUCAAUCGCGGGCUCGGUGACCUCGACCUCCAGCUCUGCACGGGGCCGGCGCCCCCUCAUCAGCCCUGCGCGCCUCAACCUGAAGGGGCAGAAGCUGCAGCUGUUUACAUCACACAGCGAGGCACUCCCCUCUCCCACGGCUUCAGAUGACACCAGCAACACGAGGGGUCCUGUUUUUACACCUGAGCUCUCAGCCCUUCCAGCACACAACCACGAUGCUAAAUCCAUUCUCGAGGGAGGCAGUGUGUUCGAUGAACUUGAUGAAAAGAGGGGAAGUUCGUCCGGGUCCUCCACUUGUCUGGUGGACACUACGACUGGUGACUGCCCUGACAGUGGGAAAGGAUUGAAGGGGCUUCUAGGGAACUCCAUACUGCAAGGUCUUCUCUGCCUGAGUCUGACGGUGAACAUCAUCUACACCUCUGUGUACCUCUACCAGAGCUUGAGAUGAGUGAGAGCAUUCAGAAAGCCAACGCUGCUUCGAUUCUCCAGCCAACAUGUUCCUGGUGCUCGCUGCUAGAACCUCAACCCAAUCCAGGCCCACAAUGGCACCCAACGGACUCUGCAACCGCCUGCUUCUCCAAGACUCCUGGAACUCCUGGCUAGUGCAGGGGAUUUUAACUUUUAUUCUGUGCUAUGUAUUAUGAGUUUGGAAGUAAUUAGCAUGGAGGCAACUCUUAGAAAGCUGGUGGUGCUAGGAUGUGUGUUGUCUCCUGGUAUUUAAAAUACAAAGCAAUGUGCUGCUGUUACUGUAUUUGCAGUCACUAAUCGGGAUAUAGAAAUGUACAGUAAAUGUCAAUGGGGAUCAAACUUUGGAGUAUUUGUGUAGUACUUUUUGCGUGCGCAGUAAGAUGGUCGUUUUUGAAUGUAUAUUGACAGCAAUUGUUUACUGCAGUCUUUAGAAAUGGGUCUAGGUUAUUUUCCUUUUUUUUUUUAGCAGACUAGAAAGAAUGAGGACAAAAAACAAAACUUGAAUAAAAAAUUUGAUGUUGUUUUGAAUAGCAUAUGUGCUUGUUAUGCUAGUUGGUCGCCAUGUAAAGAUUCAUUAUCUUGUGUACUUUUAAUGGUGCUCCGUUUAUAUGUAUACAUUAGAGCAAAUAGGCUACUGAGAGUUUUGCAUUACAUUGGAUUACUGGUACAUAAUUGCAACUAGAUUCCUAGUGAUUAUGGUGUGCUGUUAAAGGGCCAUUAUAAUAGUGAAUGUGAAAAAGAUAAAUAACAAAAUCUGGAUAAUUCUCACAAUGGCCAGGUAAAGUCAAAAUCAAAUAAAUCCGGUUUGCAAUUGCUCGUCGUUGCUCAGGGUUUGCUCUGUAACUUCUGCAUAUGAAUAUUAUGCCUGUGCAUUUCUCAAAAUUAAUCUGACCUGUGAAAGUUGAGCUGAUCCGUAGUAAAUUUGCUUAAAGCUGUUCUGUUUCCUCUUUGUCACUGCCUCAAAUUCUGCAGUCGAAGUGGAAUUAGCUUGAUUCAUCUUGUAAAAAUAAAUCAUACCACUGCCAUGUUGUUUUAAUGUGCACUGGUAAAAGCGAGGCUUGUUCUGUGGGGAUGCUUCGGGAUUUAUUCAGCUCUAUCAGGUUUGAAAACAACACUGUCUCAUCUUUACUCAUUAAAACGGCACUCAAUUAUAACAUAGAGACGUCCAUCUCAGUCAUUGUGUUUUACAAUUGUUGUUUAUAGGUCUUCGUUUUUUCACUUAACAGAAUUCAAUACUUUUCAAUACUUAGGGUUUAGAUUUCAGUUGCACGCUUUACAAAUAAAAUACGUUUUUUUUUUUUUUUUUUUUGUCAUGCCGAGUCUGCCAAACAAGGCACAGAGGCAUGCAUCACUACUGUAAUUAAGAAAUGAGUCAUUAUUUUUGAACAAGACUAUCGUGGCAUGCACAGAAAAACAUAGCAUGCAUGUCUUUGUUGUCUGCUGUAGGUAAAAGGUGUGCCUGAGGGGAGCGAACCUUGAUGGAUUCAACAGGAAAAGGUGCUUAAUCAAGAUUUAUACGGCAAGUGGAAUCACUCUCCUAGUACUUUCAUCAGUAUUCCGUCAUGUUAUCCUGCAGUAACACAGCACAGUUUGGAUAAACAAGCUUCACAGAGGACUGUAGGCACAGCAGCCUGUCAACAAGCUGAAUCGGUUAGCAGUCAGACUUGAUGAGGAAACUGAAUAACUCGCCUUCAAAACAAAUAGAGCAAAGGACGUUGCUAGUGUACGUUGAGACAGCAGUCUCCCUCUGGCUCGCUCGCUCGCUCUCGCUCUCUCUCUCUCUUUUGUGCUGUCUCUCCCUCUCCCUCUCUCUCGCUCUCUCACUCUCUCUCUUUCGCUCGCUCGCUCUCUCUCUCUCUCAAUCUCUCUCCCCCUUCUCUCUCUCUCUCUCUCUCUCUCUCUCUCUCUCUCUCUCUCUCUCUCUCUCGAUUUGACUGCUAUGUGCCAUGUGAUCUUUGGGAGAUUUAAAGUGGUUUAUCUAAACAUUUAUACACCUUAUUUUUAAAGCAGCUGAGACUGAGAGCAAUCUGUCCAACUGCUUUAUCAACUGUACCCAGGGCUCAUUUAUAUUAUUAUUUAUUUUUUGUCAAUAAUAAACAAUCACGCAGACUUGAUGGCAAUCUGACAAACUGGCUGCAAGGUAGCUUUCACUGCAGUCUAGAUUCCUGAGGUUAACAAUCAUUAGGAGAAGGUGAAAGCUCACAGGUGAUCUGGAAUCUCGGAAUACUAUGUGUGUUAAUGGCUGGAAUAUGUUUCUACUUCAAUAGCAGUCGUACAGUAGAAGCAAUAUGCAUGCUAGAUGGCAGGUGGGGUCUUUAGAUAUGUUCAGUACAAUCCGGUCCAGCAAGCUCUGUUUUUACACUGGAAGUAGAUGUUGCAAUGAUUUGUACUGUCAUUGCUCCCCAAGGCAUUCCAGGUAAUUGUGUGAACGCUGCACUCCAUGUAGGAAGUGAAGUAAUUUACAGACUAAAUAGCUGUAGGGCUCUGGUACAUCUACUCAUGCACUAAUAACACAGUCUUUGACAUGCAUAUAACAGAAUUACCCGUUAAAAGCUAAAGGGGGGGAAAUAUAUAUUUGUAUAUUUUGCUUUUCAUCAAUUAUUUAUUUUAUGUAUUUUUAAUUUGGGUGCCAAAUUUGGAAACUACUGCACCGUAAUUAAAAUAAAUAGACAAACAAACAUUGCUCUUUUAGUAUGUGUAUCUGGUGUACAGAAUCUUAACUGGAGAUUAUAGAUGAUCUUUUAUAAAUGUAACAUGAAAAGAUGCAAAAGUAGACCUUAUACACAGUUGGCCAGGUUUCAGUUUAGAGUGCGGAAGGGUUUUUACGUACAGUACUUUCAGCAUUUUAUAUGUCUUGCCUCCUGAUGAGGUUAGACUGCAUCAUAACACACAAUGCACAGGACAAACAUCAGGUACAGUGUUUUGCAUUUGUGGAGCUUUCUAUGGUUUGUGUGUCUGCGUGAUUUAUUUACAGUCGCUGACCUGUGUUCUGAUGGUAAUGUAUUUAUUAUAUUGCAUAUAUCUGUAUACUUCCUUGAAAAGUAAGGUUGACUUUUCUGAUUUUUUUAAAACAUGCCUCGUCUGCGUCGUCAUCGUUCGUUUUAUAAAGCCUUUUCAAAAUGGAUUUUAACCAAUGUUAUUCUCUCACCUUACAGCAGACAGCGUUGGUCAGUGAGUGCAGUAACAUUGAAUCUGUGUGUGUGUGUUUGUGUGAAUUAUUAAAUCAAAACACCCAUCGGAUUUAUUAAUUCCAGUCAUAAUUGCCUAGAAAUGCACCAGCUAUGUAACAUACACUACAAACAUACAAUAGUAGGAAAAAAAAAACAACUUUAUUUGCAUGUUGAGAGUCUAGUUCUUUUUAUAACUUCUGUUCAGGAAGAAGAAAAAAAUAACCACCACAAAACUUUCAUCAGAUUCCCGCGGUGCUUAACGGUGUACAGGAACUUCAGAUCAGACCAGGUACUGCUCUUUCUCUCUCUUCCUCAUACAGGAAUUGGGUAGACGAGAAGAAUGACCCGCUGUGCACUGUCUGAACGGCAUCUCGGAGAAACCCUUCGAAACUGUUCUGCUCAGUCAAAACCUAUUUUUUUUUUUUUUUUUUUUUUUUUAAGGGGAAUGUAAAUGCAAUUUACAUUUUUAGAUUCAAAGGUGCUUAUUUUGUGUCAGGUUAGGGCAGACGUCGUUUUAAACUGAGUUGUUCUUUUGCAGUGUUUUUGUUUAUGCAAGGUUUAAAGCUGCUAUAAUGUCAGGACCGACCUUUUAGUGCAUAAAGAACAUAAUCGCUGUAAGUGUGUUAAACAAGUACAAUAUAACGCCUACUUUGAUUGAUACUGGAGGUGUUCUAUACAAUACUGUGUAUGUAUAUAUAAUGUAUAUGGUAGCUUAUUCUUUUGGGCUCUGGUUUUUCUGACUAAUUGUUUCUAUAUACUGUUUCUGUAUAGCGGAAGAGAACACACAAAUUGUUGCAGUUGUCUGUGGUUAUGCUGUACCUUCUGUACAUGUCUGAUACCAGGUAAUAUUUUUGUAAAUUGUUUUAAAAAAAUGUGUCUAUAUUCUUGUAUUCAGUUAAAUGCUGAUUUAGGUAGGAGUCUGAAAGAAGAAGAUUACUUUGGGCACCAAUAUUAGGUCUGUAGAGAUUUGUUUAAGAACUUGGAGAUGGUGUGCCCAGCAAUGCUAAUAUUGUGUACAUUUUGGUUUCAACUGCAAUUCUCAGUCAGCAGCUGAGUUGUAUUUCAGCUGCUGUUUUUACAUGGACUGUGUAUUCUGCUGGAAAUUUGGAAUGUUAAAACACAAAAUAAUUGUUUUGCGAACUUGUGCACUAAAUAUGGUUUGUUACUCAACUCAUUUUGAAUAUGUCGGUCAUUUUAAAAUUGUAACUACAAAUUUUCAGUUGAUGUUUAUCAAUGAAAAACAUGCAACACAGUAACUGUUUCAUUUUCUGUUUGAUUUGUGCUGUGUGAAAUUUACUGUGACCCUGAAUGGGCUGCUGCAUGUCUUCUUACAACAAACUCUUAUACAUACAGCGUUGAUUGUUAGUUUUUUUUUUUUUUUUAAUUUCUAGCUUGCUUGUCAAUUUACAUUUUGUCACGGUCAUCUUUUACAUAGAACUGCAUUAAAUGAUUAUUCUGAUUGAUACUGGAAACUUUUGUGAUUGAUACUGGAUUGAGCUCUCCACAGAAGUCAGGUGCAGACAAUCAGGUGAGGGGCAUUGAUAAUGACUGGGCUAAUUUACCAUUCAGAGUAAAACAAGUGAAGAAACAGCUGCUGGGAUUGAGGAUGAGAACAGCAAUCCACACAAAUCCAAGCCGCUGUUUCUUCAGUCGUUUACCUUGGAUUGGUAAUUGGCCCAAUCAACACCAAUGACCCUCGCCUGUGGAGAGCUUGAACUGACAAAUGGGUUCUGACUUUGUCUUAAAACGUCAAAGGUUUUCAACAAUGCUGCUUCAGACAAAAUGCUAUCUUAUUGCAGAAUUGUAUUGCUAUUAUUAUUUUUUUGUACCAGACACGUUGCAGGACUUGUUAGCAUGCUGUUUUUAUAAGUUUGCAUUUAUCUUGUUCGAUCUUUCUGUUAAGACAACACAAAAAUACUAUUAAACUACACUUAAAUCAA